AUGCAGUCCAAGAUCCUCACCGCGUCUGCCCUGGUCGCAGGCGUGUCCGCCGCCUCCAACUACCUCGGCUUCAACUCCGGCUCCGUCCACGGCAGCGGUGCGGCCAAGACCCAGAGCGACUUCGAGAAGGAGUUCAAGACCGCCCAGAACCUCGUCGGCGCCCCUGGCGACUUCAACGCCGUGCGUCUCUACACCAACAUCCAGGGCGCCACCACGGCCGACCCCAUCUCCGCCUUCCCCGCCGCCGUCGCCACCAAGACCUCCCUGCUGCUCGGCAUCUGGACCUCUGGCACCGACAGCAUUGCCAACGAGAUGAACGCCCUCAAGGCUGGUCUUGAGAAGUACGGCGACGACCUUGCCAAGCUGGUCAUCGGUGUGUCCAUCGGCUCCGAGGAUCUCUACCGUGCCGGUGCCACCGGCGUCGAGAACAAGGCCGGCAUUGGUGCUGGCCCCGACGUCAUUGUCAAGUUCAUCAAGGAGUUCAAGAGCGAGUUCUCCAAGUACGACUUCUCCAUCGGCCACGUCGACACCUGGGACGCCUGGACCAACGGCUCCAACUCGGCCGUCAUCGACGCCGUCGACUGGCUCGGAGUUGACGAGUACCCCUACUACCAGACCGGCGACGACAACACCAUCGACAACGCCGCCAAGCUGUUCAAGGAGGCCUACGACAACGUCGUCAACGUCGCCAAAGGCAAGGACGUCUGGGUCACCGAGACCGGCUGGCCCUACGAGGGUCCCGACUGGGACAAGGCCGUCCCCAGCGUCGAGAACGCCAAGCAGUUCUGGGACGAGGUUGGCUGUGACCAGCUGUUCGGCAAGGUCCCCACCUUCUGGUACAACCUGGUCGACGACUCCACCGUCAACGAGAUGUCCUUUGCCAUCACCAAGGACCUCAACACCAACGCCCUCUUCAACCUGACCUGCCCCGCCAAGACCGCCUCCAGCUCGUCCGCCUCCGCCUCCGCCACCGGUCUGACAAGCCCCAGCGGCACCUCGACUGCCACUGCGGCCGACGCGACCUCCACUGGAUCCUCCAGCUCUGGCAGCUCCAGCAGCGGCUCCGGCAGCGGCUCUGGCAGCAGCUCCUCCGGCUCCGGCUCCGGCUCCGGCUCCUCUUCCAGCUCGGACUCUGCUGACUCGUCCUCGACCUCGCCCGUUGCUGCCAGCGGCGCCUCGGUUGCCAAGCUCGGCUCGUCUGCCUUUGGCGCCAUUGCUUUCAUCGCUGCUGCCUUCGCUCUCCUCUAG